GGUCGACGACGCAUCAUGUCAUGUCAUGGCCGUCGCGGCCGUUCCGUCUCCCAAUGCGCUGCACCCAGCCGUCCGCCCCUCCGUCUUCCCAAUGUCAAGAUUGGUGAUAAGUAGUUUCUCUCCCUCGGCGCCCAAAGAGUACUAGUACCAGUACCAGUGGCAGUGUGGGAACAAGAACGAGUGAUCACUGACCAGAGCUCGCUGCAGGCUGCAGCUGGUGGUUGUUUUGCCUCCUGUAGUCCUGUCCGUCGCAUGCCAUGGGGGUGCCUUCCUUCUUCAAGUGGCUCGUGGGCAAGUACCCCAACAUCGUCGUCCCGGCCAAGGAAGACGAUGGUGGCGCUGGCGCCGGCGCGUCGUCGCCGUCGUCACCGUGGGACGAACCAGCCGCCGGCCCUAAUGGCGUCUACCACAACCUGUACCUGGACAUGAACGCCAUCAUCCACCCCUGCUUCCACCCGGAGGACGAGGUGUGCCCGCCGACGACGUUCGACGAGGUGUUCGCGGCCAUGUUCGAGUACAUAGAUCGCCUGUUCCGCAUCGUCAGGCCUACCAAGCUGCUCUACUUGGCAGUUGAUGGUGUAGCUCCCCGCGCCAAAAUGAACCAGCAGAGGUCCCGACGCUUCAAGGCCGCCAAGGAAGCUAAAGACGCCGAACUGGAGGAGAAGCUUCUGAGGGAGAAGUUCAGAGCUGAAGGGAGGGAGGUGCGGGCGCGGCCACGGGAGACGCAUGAGGUUUCGGAUCCCAACAUCAUCACGCCAGGGACGGAGUUCAUGGAGAAGCUCUCCAAAGCCCUCGAGUACUACGUCCGUUCCCGGCUCAACAGCGACCCCGGGUGGAAAGGCAUCAAGGUAAUACUCUCUGAUUCAAAUGUACCUGGAGAAGGUGAACAUAAGGUCAUGUCUUUCAUCCGAGGACAACGGAGCCUGGCAAGCUAUGAUCCAAACACAAUGCACUGCUUGUAUGGACUGGAUGCGGACCUAAUAAUGCUCGCUUUGGCAUCUCACGAACUUCACUUUUCAAUUCUGCGUGAGGAUGGGUCACGUCAAAGUCAGCCAGAAAAAUGCAUCUCUCUAUCCAACGAAAUGCUCAAAACUGAAGAUUCCUCAAGAAAAUGUCGUGGAUGGUUCCCCCAAGUAAUAGAAACAACUCCCAAGAAACCUUAUCAGUUUGUGAACAUAUGGGUUCUGAGGGAGUACCUGGAGCUUGAUUUGAAGAUACCAAACCCUGUUGUCAAAACAGAUAUUGAGAGGCUCAUAGACGAUUUCAUAUUUAUUUGCUUCCUGACAGGAAAUGACUUCAUUCCACGUAUUCCUUCAGUUGAGAUACAUGAGGGUGCAAUAGACCUGCUGUUGGAAGCAUACAAACAAACAUUUAACAAGAUGGGAGGCUAUAUUGUGAGCACUGAGAAGUUAAAAGACAAACACGCUGCAUAUCUCAAAGUUUCAAGGUUGGAGAAGUUCUUUCAUGAACUGUCCUUAUGUGAAGAGAAAAUAUUUCUUAAAAGAUAUGACCUACGAGAGAGUUUACAACGCAAAUUCUUGCGCCAAGCUGCAGAAGAAUGUAAAGAAACAAACUAUGACACUAUGGAAGAAAAUACUGAUGGUCUAAACUUGACAGCAAAGUCUUUUUCUACAAACUGUAGCAUUUCCACCUACAGCCAAGACGAGUCAGAUGUAAAAGCAAAUACCUUAGAGCUGAGGCGAAACUUAAAGGAUGCUCUUCGUAACAAGCAAGACCUUAUAAAAAGUGGAUCCUGCAAACAUGACAUGAUAAGAUUGGGAUUGGCGGGGUGGAAAUCUCGAUACUACAGAGAAAAGUUUGGCGUGGAAAAACUUAGUGAAGUUGGGAAACUGAAGAAUGAUAUGGUUCAAAGAUAUAUGGAAGGACUUUGUUGGGUGUUGCAGUACUAUUUUACAGAUGUUCCAUCAUGGAGUUGGUACUACCCCUACUAUCAUGCUCCAUUUGCAUCUGAUUUUAAAGGACUAUCUCAGUUCAAGAUAUGUUUCACCACCGACAAGCCACUAAAACCAUUCGAUCAGCUCAUGGCAGUUCUUCCAAAAGAAAGCUCAUGUGCACUGCCAAAGUGUUACAGAGAACUGAUGGAAAAUGAAGAGUCUUUGGUACAAAAAUUCUAUCCGUCAGAUCUACAGAUUGAUACCCAUGGGAAACGUUUCUUGUGGCAAGGUAUUGCAAUGUUGCCAUUCAUUGAUGAAAAGCUGCUGGUUUCGGCUACCAAGACGGUGGAGGGCAAACUUGCAGUGCAUGAGAUCAAUAGGAACGCAGUUCGGCAAGAGAAGAUCUUCAUGAGGAACUCAAACACUACUGUGCCAAACGGUUCAGCAUUUUCGAAGGCAUUUGACUGUUCAUCGAAAAAGCUUUGGUUAGAUCCAUCUACCAGUGAGCUUGGAGGGUGGUUGUCACCUGUCGACGACAAAGAUACAAGCUCCGGUUUCUUCCAUUCAUCGGUGAUGAGAGAUCUACCGGACAUUAGGAAUGACCAGACAAUAUCAUUCCUGUUCUCGAACCCGGAAGCGGUGGAAACCAUUCCAAGACUGCUUGAUGAUGUCAAGAAACCUGAAAAGACUAUAACUGAAACUGAGAUUUCCAAGAGGCCGCUGUGGCACACCUAUCCGGGUUGCCGACUACCUGAAACCAACCCAAGCGUGCUGGAGCCGCAGCCGAUGGUCAGCAGCUUUGGACGUGGGAGAGGGAGAGCCACCGCUGCCGAGACGAUGCUGGGCGGCGGCGGCCGUGGCUACGGGAGAAGUUUCCAUGGGGCUGAGUCGUCGCAAACGCAAAGUCGAGGCAGCAGGAAUGACGGAAACUCUUAUGCAGGAAGAGGGACGUAUGGUGGCGGGUUCCAGAGGCAGCAGACCGCUUGGCGCCCAGCUGGGGAUGCAGGCGGACGUGGUGGGAGCGAGCAACGUCGUGGUUGGUAGGCCUGGCGACAGAUGACAUGGAAGAACUAGCGUGUUUUUUUGUCGAUACGCGGCGUUCCAUUUUGUCUGAAAACAUCAGUAAUGCUUAUGUUAAUCUCUGAAAUUAUCCGUGGUAUCUCAAACUAGAGGUGUUUUUUUAGACUUGAGAUAGAAUGUCUUUAUA